GUUGCAGGCGAAAAUGGGAAAUAGGAAUAGGAAAUAUCGGAGAUGCGAGCUCGGGGGCAUAUUUGAUAAUCCAGUCAAAUCUAAAACGCUUGUCUGGUACCCCCUUCGACGCUUUCAUUUUCUCUCCAGCUGACGGCUCCGACCCCUCCUUACUUCGCGUUGGUCUAAAGCUCUCUCUCUCUCUCUCUCUCUCUCUCUCUCUCUCUCUCUCUCUCUCUCUCACUAGAUCCCUCUUCGCAGCUCUCCGAAGAAUUCCAUAGCCAGGAAGAGACAUGGGGCUGACUUUCACGAAGCUUUUUAGCCGGCUUUUUGCCAAGAAAGAAAUGCGUAUUCUGAUGGUAGGUCUUGAUGCCGCUGGUAAGACUACCAUAUUGUAUAAGCUCAAGCUUGGGGAGAUUGUGACCACUAUUCCUACAAUCGGAUUUAAUGUGGAAACUGUGGAAUACAAGAAUAUCAGCUUCACUGUCUGGGAUGUUGGUGGCCAGGACAAGAUUCGUCCAUUGUGGAGGCACUAUUUCCAAAACACUCAGGGUCUGAUAUUUGUGGUGGAUAGCAAUGAUAGAGAUCGAGUUGUUGAGGCAAGGGAUGAGUUGCAUAGGAUGUUAAAUGAGGAUGAAUUGCGAGAUGCAGUUUUGCUUGUGUUUGCUAACAAACAAGAUCUUCCUAAUGCAAUGAAUGCUGCAGAAAUAACUGAUAAGCUUGGUCUUCACUCUCUUCGGCAGCGCCACUGGUACAUCCAGAGUACAUGUGCAACCUCUGGGGAGGGCCUUUAUGAGGGGUUGGAGUGGCUUUCAAACAACAUUGCUAACAAGGCAAGUUCUUAGAUAUUAUUAAAAAAAUUUGUGGGAACUAGGCAGACAGUUGCAUGUGAUUUUAUCUGAAACGGAAUUCCAUUAAAAGAGUCACUAUGACACGAAUAUUGUAUUGUGCUAAUGUGCUUUUUCUUGAGGCAAAUUUAUCCAAUUGGAGCAUGUCUAGGCUUAAAUUAGUCCAUUGUGGCUGAUGGAAAGUUAGCCAAUGAAAAGGAUGCGACUUAGGCAGCUGAAAAUAUUGUUUGGUCCACUGAACAAAGUUGGGCUGGAAAGAAAACUUUGAUCUCAGCGUUCAGUGCAAAAGAAAUGCACGGUUAAUUGUGUAAUAUUAAGAAAAUGACAUUCAUGGAAUAUUUACAGCAGUAUAAUCUGUAAAGAAAAAGCUAACUUUUAUCUUGUCACCCGAAAAGAUAAAAACUAGGUUUUUAAAAAUUCAGAAGGCUGUUUACCAAAUGUAUUGAAUCCCAACUUUUAUUUCAUACUACAAUGGAGGAGAAAAUCCAAACUCACUUGAAGUCCUCAAUACAAUUUUGCUUUCUGUUGACACUAAUGUGUUGUCUAUCAUUCCCAUCUUGUGUUGCAGGCAUGAGGCAGUUGAGGAAUCGUUCUUGCGGAUGGGCGAUCCUGGAUGCAGGGGUGAAUAUUAUCUAGUUUUUUUUUCCUUUGUGACAAUUGGGUUGUGGUCCUGACUUGUUACCCCCUAUUUCUCUUACAAGGCGGGUGUUACUUUUUUUUUUGAAAAAAAAAAGUAGGAGCUGUUUUUCUAUGGCUAUAUUUGUAUUUUUGUCUGGGUUUGAAUGUAAUGCUUUUAGCUGAAUUAAUUCCCUCCCAUAUUGAAACUGAUAAUACCUAUUAUGAUUGUGUGAGAAGGAAAAAAGAAGAAAAUACUUCUGUA